CCCCGUCCCUGCCAGGCUCUCGCCCAGCCCUGCCUUAAUGUAGGCUCCUGUUCUCGGAGAAGAGAGAGCGAGAGAAAAGGGGCGAGGAAGAGAAGAAGAAAAAAAGAGAAUAAGCUCCAAGAAGCAAGACUUCCUGUCGUGCUUUUCGACUUCCACAAGCCUCGGCCGACAGCGGAGCGACGACGGCGGUGGCGGCGCAGGGCGGCCUAGGCGGCGCGAAUGUGCUAGCUUGCUAGCUAGCUUGUGUGCUUUUUUUUUUUUCUUUUUCUCUCUCCGCUUUCUGGUGAAUGUAAAUGAACAUGCGGCGCACAAGCCAUCUUAUUUCUACCGAACCAUGGAGGAGGAAUACGCAUGUACGUGUAGGCGCGUGCGUGUGCGUGCACGUACAGGCCUCAUGAGGCUCCCCUAAGCCCAGUCUGACAGCCAGCUGCUUUUCAACCCUAACAACAAACCUGGAGACAUUUUGAGGCUGCCCCCCUCCCCUCCCUUCCCUUCCCUUCCCUUCCCCUCCCCUCCCCUCCCCUCCACUCCACACACACCACGACUCCAUUUUCCUGCUUUAAUUGCGACUCGUCGGGAUUAUUCACGUGUUGGAUUUGGAUCCGAAUCUUGCUAGAAGAAAAGUGUCUCGGGUGCGGGCUCGUUUAUGACGCGACGGGCUGAUAACACAAGCCAGGGACACACGCUCGCGACCCCACCCCCCCUCCCGGAGGAGGAGGCCCCCCUUCUUUUGGCGGCGAUAACACAGCGACGGACGUGAAUAAGGAGGAGAAAUCGGGGAUCUGUGUUCGGAACCGGCCCAAACCAAAAGCUGUUGCUCUCCGGCUCGGCCCGCUGCAGAGAAGUGGUCCGGAAGCAAUGGACAUAUCACACAUGUAGCUGUCGUUGGGUGUGCUUAGUUCACUUCCUGCUGGUGGGCCCCCUAACAACAAGAACACCACCGAACAGGACAAGCUGGACCUGUGCGGGGGAAAAAAUGCGUGUUUUGAAAGGAGGCUUGGGACCGAGCCGCGCCACCUCGCGGGUGAGCACCACCCUCACGCCGAUUUGCGCUCCCUGUCACGGGCAGCAGUGAGAUGCAAGACCCGGGCUUUGGCUCAUGAGCACCGGGGCUCCUCUUCUUCACCACCUCCUCGUUCUUCGCAGUUGCUGUCGAAUGUUCAAGUCGCGUUGUCACUUGUCGAGACAGAAGUAACGUGCAACUGAAAGGGAGGAGAAAAAAAAGCGAAAAGGGAUCCGGCCUUGUCGGUGGCGUUAGCAACAGCAAUUGCCCCCAUUUUCGGACAGCAAAACUCCCUCCACUGACAUAAAUCCCAAAUCAUCUGGACCUGGGCGGAGAGGCUACACCCCCGUUACCGAUUGUUGACCAGGCUGCUGGAGGAUCUUUCUCCACGUUUGUUGCUGUCCUGCCGAACCCUCGGGUCAAACGUGGGCUCUAGACCGGUCCACGUUAUAGACGUCAUAGCUAUUUCCUACAUUUACCCCCACUUGUAUACUUCUUACUUACCGCCAUUCCAUUUCUUCCUCCCCUUGGACUCACUUUUUUUUAUUAUUUGUUUUUUUGGGGGGGGCUUUUCCCUGCGGGAAGAUGGGUUGUUUGGGCAACAGUAAGACUGAAGACCAGAGAAAUGAGGAGAAGGCCCAGAGAGAAGCAAACAAAAAGAUAGAGAAGCAGCUCCAAAAGGACAAACAAAUCUACCGAGCAACUCACAGACUAUUGCUUUUAGGAGCUGGCGAGUCAGGAAAGAGUACAAUUGUGAAACAGAUGAGGAUCCUCCAUGUCAACGGCUUCAAUGCAGAAGAGAAGAAGCAAAAAAUUCAGGACAUCAAGAAUAAUAUCAAAGAGGCCAUUGAGACCAUAGUGACGGCAAUGAGCACUCUGACGCCACCAGUGCAGUUGGCCUGUCCGGACAACCAGCACCGCAUUGAAUACAUCCUCAACCUUGUCAACCAGAAGGAUUUUGAGUUUCCAGCUGAGUUUUACGACCAUGCAAAAACACUGUGGCAGGACGAGGGCGUCAAGGUGUGCUUUGAGAGAUCCAACGAGUACCAACUCAUCGACUGUGCACAAUACUUCCUAGACAAGAUUGACAUUGUGAAGCAGAGCGACUACACUCCAACAGAUCAGGAUUUGCUGCGGUGCAGAGUACUGACUUCAGGGAUAUUUGAGACAAGGUUCCAAGUGGACAAAGUAAAUUUCCACAUGUUUGACGUUGGCGGUCAACGGGAUGAACGCCGAAAGUGGAUCCAGUGCUUUAACGACGUGACGGCCAUAAUCUUCGUGGUGGCCAGUAGCAGUUACAACAUGGUGAUCAGAGAGGACAAUCAGACCAACCGUUUACAGGAGGCUCUCAACCUCUUCAAGAACAUCUGGAACAACAGGUGGCUGCGAACCAUUUCUGUCAUCUUGUUCCUAAAUAAACAGGACCUCCUUGCAGAGAAAGUGCUGGCAGGGAAGUCCAAAAUUGAGGAAUACUUUCCGGAAUUCGCCCGCUACACUACACCGGACGAUGCGACACCAGAGGCUGGAGAAGAUCCCCGUGUUACAAGGGCAAAAUACUUCAUAAGAGAUGAAUUCCUGAGGAUCAGCACGGCGAGUGGAGAUGGGAGGCACUACUGCUACCCCCACUUCACUUGCGCCGUCGACACGGAAAACAUCCGCCGCGUCUUCAAUGACUGUCGAGACAUCAUCCAGAGGAUGCACCUGCGGCAGUACGAGCUCUUGUGAUGGAACGGCAAAGGGGUUCUGGCCCAAAAAAAAGAGAGGAAAAAGCAAAACAAAAACAGAUUCUUGGGGAACACCCCCCGAGUCUUUGAACUCUUCCACAGACAUGCCAAAAAGACACUUCACACAGUACACGAUGCCAACUUUCCCUCGCUGCUAACUCCAUUCUGAUCACUUUGGCCACUUUCCCCCCUUAGCCACACAGUCUGGAAUGGAAUUGACUUUACAUUUGGAGCCGCUUGGAGCGCUGCUACCUUGGUGGAACGAGAGAACUGUCGCGCAUACAUGAUAACAGAUCUCAUAUCUACUGGACAGAAAUACAGGUGUCGUGCUCAGGAUUUGAAUCAAAACUGCUUGCGAGCAUGAGGACACACACACACACACACACACACGUUGCAGUCUUUCCUAUCACAUAUGCAUAUCGUGAUAUUCAAAAGUGACAUUUCCUCUCACACACAGAUGGAGCAAAUCUGCAUUUAGUGAAUUGCAAACGAAAUCCAGAAACUGCUCUGCAGAGUGGCCUUUUCAUCAAAGAGCCAGUUUUGUUUUUGUUUGCUUUUUGCUUUGAGAUUAAACACAUCGGGGCCCAGCGACAGUGUCAACAGACGUUUAAAAAAGCAAAGGAGGUGGUGUGUUCUCUUUGUCCGUCUUGUCCGCAAAUGGGACCGCGGGUGGGCCCCCUGCUGGAAUUUGAAAUCAACAUGUGGGGAAAAAAAGGACGGGAGUUGACCACAGAGAUAACGUUGUACAUUUGAGUUGAAGACUUCUACGGGACUUAGCGAACGGGGCAAAAAGCAUCCAGUACAGUAUCUGAGUUCAAGAGAAAUGUCUUUUUUCAACACGUCUUUUUUUUUUUUCCUUCUUACUUUUGGGGGGGGGGGGUCUGAGUGGACUUGUGUGCCAUUGUGCCCUGCGUGCUUUCUCUCUCCGUUUCUCUCCUUCUCCUUCCCCCAAACCAUCCCUUUUCCUCCUCUGACCUGCGUCUGCACUAAAGAGGGAAAAAAAGAAUAAUAAUUCUAAAAUUUAAAGGGAGGAAGAAAAUGGCCAAAAUAAACGGGACACUUUUUUCCUCCCUCCCUCAUCCUUUGUCUGUUUUAGUUUACUUUCCUGCUGAACUAUUAUUCUUGUACAGACUGUAAAAUGUAUUAUUUUGUACAACUUUAUUGAGGAAAAAAUAACUUUUAGAAGAUCCCUGUGCCUUGAUCACGACUGUACGUGUGUAAUGAGCUAAAGUGGGUGUCAUACUGGGCUGUAUAGCUUGGCCAAUUAAUACCGCCCCCUUCGCUUCACCACUUCCUUCCUUUUCAUCUUCAUCCCCCAGGCAGCCUACCUGACUCUCUUUAGGACCCGGGGGGACACACAUUUGUAGCUUUUUGUAGGUUCAUUUCUCUUCCUCAUAUUUGCCCCUUACGAUUUAAAUGUCUAUUUUUGGAUCCAUAUAUCCCUGAAAGGAUGAAUAUAUGAAAUGUAUAUGGAUUUUAAAAACACAAAAAGGUAUUUUAUUAGGAAUCGAAUCACAAAUUGCACACUCGACAGUGUUGCUUCGAAGAAAUGGUUGUUCUCGCAUACAUUUUGGAAGGUUUCAAAGGGAAAAUGAACCAAUGCAAAACAUUGCCUUGUUUUUUUUUUUUUUUGUUUUUUUAAAAACAAGUCAUUGUUUUUGCUACCAAAAUAUCUCACAAAAAAAGACCAAAAAUUAUUUCACUUUAUUUGUGGAGAAGAAGAAGGAGGGGGGGCAGUGGGUCCUUCUUCUUAACCUGCACAUCAGAGUCAUCUCUCAUUUUAUGUAUGCGUCAUUUAUGAGUCUUCUGAACCGGAGCUCUUGAGAAAUAAAGAUUGUUUUUUGGGGGGGGUGAAGAGAACGCCAGGUCCUUCCUUGUACAUGUGCAACAACACUUUACAUCCACAAGCUGCAUGUUGGCACUCCCUUAAAGUGGAAUUUCCUGUCGUCUUUCCCCAUCUGAUAGACAUUAGCUAUGCAAAGGUUUGAGCGUAAAGGUCCUCAAAUGACUGAUAUGUGGACUAUUGUCUGAAGCUCAUAGUGUGGGCACUGAAGAUUAAAAUGAUCUAAACAAGUACAGUAUGUACUGCUAACAAUGGACAUCUUAAUAAUAGUCUGGAACCUCAAAGGUCGAACAUGUUUCGGGUUGAUUGUCGGCCUUAGUUUGCAUUUAGAAUGUUUUUUUUUUGUGUUUUUUUUCUCCCUUGGCAAAUAAUGCUAAUUGAAUGAAUACAUUGCAGUCAAACUGUCACUCAUUAAACCUAACUGGAAAGCAAAAUGCAGUUGCUCCCGAUGCUGUGUCCUCACAGGAGACGGUGUUAAAGCGCUUUUGAGUGCCUUGAAGGUAGAAAAGCACUGAUGGCCUGUCAACCAUGUUUGAAGUAGCAUUUUGGCAUCGCCUAACUGUAUGAAGAAAUUAUAAAAUGUUGAACAUGACUGUGUUGUACGCAGUGCAGGUGUGCAGAGGGAAGGUUUACGGCUUGUUAGUCUUAUCGCUUAUAAGGCGGAACUGUGCUCAAUUUGUGCUGUACAUUCUGUUACUUGCUUUUGUCGUCAUUGACAAAUCCUAGCUGGAAGUCAGGAUGGACACGUACCGUUUCCUACGUUGCAGUCAGUUCCAUUUCCGGUUCUAUGUCCGUGGUCACAUUUUUGCAAUCGCGCACGAUGGCUUUUCCAACUUGAGGUUUUUGUGCACACUUCCCGAACAUUCUGGUCAAACUCCAAAAUGGACGGCUGGAGAGGUUCCGCGGUAGCUUGUCGUCUUAAGCGUACUCGGUUUUCCAGCCUUCGAUCGGCUGGCGACCUGUGCAGGGUGUACCCCGCCUCUGGCCCGCAGUCAGCUGCGGGUACUGUAAUACCUGCUGCCAGAAUAAAGGGCAAGUGCUCGAGACAAUGCAUCGGUGGAUGGACUCGGUUUUCCAGAUAGAACGCGUGAUGUUGCCGCCGCAAUCACAGUCUGAAAGUAGGACGCCACUGAAGAGCAGCGUUUCCCAGCCUUUAUUCACCACCGAAGGCGCACAUUUGACGCGGCACAUCAACAGACAGAAACGUCGCAAAUAGUAUUAAUACUGUAAUAAUGAUGCUCUUGUCUUAAUGUGCUCACAAAUUGACUUAGCGUGGAUUCUGGGCCUGUUGAACUGAACACAAAACUGACAUGUGAAGCCAGGAAUUGAUUCUGUCGAAUGAAUGGCAACAGGUUUAUUGGACUUUCUGCCGUCUAACGGAAGAGCAUUUCAUUGUUCCGCCUGUCCCUGUGUUGCUAGCAUAGAUGAAAAAGGAUAUGUUUGUAAUUCAAUUUCAGACAAAUGAAGUGAAAUUGGAUCAUUUCCCACGGCACAAGUGCGCCACAGCCAUCCCGUUUGGGAAUCACUGAGUCUCUCUCGGCUGUCCAACUCGAGAAAGCGACCGCCGAGUUUCAUCCUGAGGACCACGCACGGAUGUCAUUGCCGCACUGAAGCGCAACAGACACGUGGAGAGAAAGAGAGCUUUCAAAGUCAAGAGAAACACGCUUACACAGUGUUAUAUUACAAAAUGUUUGUUUUUCAACAAAACAUUUUAUUCUGAGAAGAAAUUGUAUUCCGAGAGUGUUCUCAAACAUUAAAUGGUUUGUUUAACCGUCGGGCCUUGAUUGAAUUAACUAACCUUGCAUUGUUGGGGGUUUUUUUAUAUAUAUUUUUUGUAGAUCUUUUGGUUCUAUUAUUGUUUGUUUUUAAUACCAGUUCUUGUUAGCACAAUAAUAAACAGUUUUUAUUUUGAA